AUGAAUACUCAAGAACCAGCUGAGUUAAUGCGCAAAGCUCCAUUAGUAACAAGUUCACGACAUAGAACUCGUAUAUUUACCAGGCAGCAUCAUGUCGCUAUUUUCACUUACGAUAAUAUGAAUUGCCUGCGUUUGAUCUCUUAUUCUACUUCAAAUUAUCAUUUGUUUACUCUUUUUAUUAUUCUUAUUUUUGUCAAUAACAAUCAUAGUUUAGCCUAUGGUAUCAGUAGUGAAUCUGAUUAUGAUCAUCAUGAUUCAAUCUAUAAUGAUUUAUCAUAUGAUAAUAUUGGAAAUAGUGAAUCACUCAUUCUAACCAAUCCUAACAGUUUAUAUGUACCUGAUAGCAAUGAAAUAAUAUCAAGCAAUCCUUGGUCUGAAUUAUUCCAUCGUCAUUAUACUCGAUCCAUUUUUACUCCAACAUAUUAUCCAUUAGCACAACCUAAUUUUGCUGUACAACGCGAUAGAAUUCAUUUUAUUCCAUAUCCAACUGAAAAACGUAUAAUUCCAAUUGAACUUCAGAAAGCCCUUUUUGCUCAUGGAAUUGUAGGCCGUCGACGUUAG